AGAUCCAAUCAGGCGCGUGGACACUUCACACCUGGAGGAGAGACACGUGACUUUGAAGUCAAACUUGGACCAUGUUUUUUUUCUGUUUAUUUCAAAAUCAUGAACUAAAACUAGAAACUAAGAGCUGCAAACAGAUGCAGGAGUUUUUGGACGUUGAUGCAAUUAAACCACAGAUCCAUUUGAGGAGGAGGAGGAUGGGAGCCCGCGAGUCCACGACCCAAGAGCAAGAUGACGAAUCGGCCGAAGAUUUGUCCACUCUGAGCGAUGACCUCCUACAGGAUGUGGAGCCUCCUCUGUGUGCUGCUCACAUCGGCUCAGAACUGCAGAGACAGUUUGCCUUCAGACCAGGAGGGCGAGGUCUGAGCGGAGGACCCAUCAUCAUUUUCCCAGAAUUCCCAGAUUUCCAUGAGAUUCAGGAAGAAGAACUCCACAAUGUACUCGCCUACCUCACCUCUAUACACAGCGUGGCGUCUGGUGGACUGGGCUUCAUCCUGGUCAUCGACAGACGACUGGACCGAUGGGCCGCGGUCAAGAGCACGCUGCUACGGAUCGCAGAGUACUUUGGGACAGGACAGGUGCAGUCUGUGCUCGUCCUCAGACCCACGGCUCUGCUGCAGAGGACUCUGUCAGACUUCCUCUUCAAGUUCAACAGGGACGACUUCAGGAUGAAGGUGGUGAUGCUGAGCUCAGUGGCAGAGCUCCAUGCAUACAUCGCUCCAGGGCAACUGACCACGGAGCUGGGAGGGCAUCAGGAGUACAACCACGAGUGCUGGAUCUCACACAGAACGGCAAUCGAGGCGUUCGCUCUGAUGGUGAAGACGACGGCUCAGGCGUUGCAGUCGUUUGGGGCGGAGCUCGCAGAGACAGAGCUGCCCAAUGACGUGGAGAGCACCACGGCUCUGCUCAGGGGUCACGGGGUCAAGAAGGACGCCAUGAAGGAGGACCUCCAGGUGGCACUGUCUCAGGGCAAGAGGUUGUUGGAGUGUAUAAACGAGCCUCUGCAGGAGGACCCCGAGUACCACAUGACUCAGGAUGAGAUGGAGAACCUGCUCACCGUGCAGAGGUUACUGGGUCAGCUGGAUGAGACUGAGACGGCGUUUGAUGAUUUCUGGGAGAGACACAGGAUGAAGCUUGAGCAGUGUCUGCAGCUCAGGAACUUUGAGAUUAGGUUUAGAGAAGUUCGUACUCACCUGUCGUCUCUUUGGGAACGUGUGUCCAGUUUCUCUGAAGUCACUGUGAGUCCGGCUCAUGCUGAACAUGUUCUAAAGGAGCUGACCAUCAUCGAUGGCAGAGCUGCUGAGGUGUUGGACUUGGCCGGGUCUCUGGUCUCUGAGGGGGACUUUUUGAUCGCAAGCGCUCAUUAUGCUGAGGACUCCAUUCAUCCCAAAUGCUCCGAGCUCCAAGCGGUUUGUGAUGAUGUCAUGUCUGUGCUGAGGAGUAAGAAGAGCAGUGUGCUGAAGACUCUGGAGCUACACCGUGCUCUCGAGAAGGCGGCGCUGUGGUGUGAGGAGGGUGUCUUUCUUCUCGCAUCUCAACCUGUGGACCGCUGUCAGUCCCAGGACGGGGCAGAGGGGGCACUACAGGAGCUGGAGCGCUUCAUGGAGACGUCUCAUCUGCACACACUGAGCCACAGCGCCCUCUGCAGCCAGUAUGAGGCAGUGCUUACACCACAGCUCAGGGACCAGAUUGAGAAGGUUUUACAGAAGCAGACGUCGGUUCAGGACAUGUUUGACAAACGAAGGAUUUCUCUGAAGAAACUUGCAGCAAAACAAACCCGACCUGUGCAGCCUGUGGCCCCCAGACCAGAAGUCAAGUCCCCCCAGUCCUCCCCCAACACACAAAGGAAGGAGAGGAGGUUUUCAGCUGACAAUGCCAUCUGCAAAAAGGUGGAGUCUCCGGUGCAGAAUGGAUCGACGCGUCACGCCUCUCUGUCUGAGGAGGAAGAGAACCUGGCUGUGCUCAGACGUCAUGUGAUGAACGAGCUGCUGGAGACAGAGAGGGCCUAUGUGGACGAGCUGCUCUGUGUUCUAGAGGGUUAUGCAGCAGAGAUGGAAAACCCAGCCCUCUCCUCCCUCCUCCCCCCAACUCUUCUCUCAAAGAAGGACAUUCUGUUUGGGAACAUGUCCGAGAUCUACCACUUCCACAAAAGGACGUUUCUGAAGGAGCUGGAGGCCUACACAGACUGCCCUGAACUGGUGGGACGAUGCUUUUUAGAACGGAUGGAGGAGCUGCAGAUCUAUGAGGCAUACUGUCAGAACAAACCUCGCUCUGAGAGUCUAUGGAGGCAGUACUCAGACUGUGCCUUCUUCCAGGAGUGUCAGAAAAAGCUGGAGCACAAACUGGGUCUGGACUCAUAUCUGCUCAAGCCAGUGCAACGGAUUACAAAGUACCAGCUCCUGCUCAAGGAGCUGUUGAAGUACAGUAAAGGCUGUGAUGGUGCUGAUGACCUGCAGGUGGCACUCUCCUCUAUUCUGGGGAUCCUCAAAGCUGUGAAUGACUCAAUGCACCUCAUCGCGAUCACUGGGUAUGAGGGUAAUCUCUCAGAUCUGGGUCGGCUUCUGAUGCAGGGCUCCUUCAGCGUUUGGACCGAACAUAAAAAAGGUCAUGCAAAGGUCAAAGACUUGGCCCGAUUCAAACCCAUGCAACGACACUUGUUUCUCCACCAGAGGGCGCUACUGUUCUGUAAAAAGAGAGAGGAGAGCGGAGAGGGCUACGAAAAAGCUCCGUCAUACAGCUUUAAACACUCCCUCAGUAUGAGCGCUGUGGGCAUCACAGAAAACGCCAAAGGAGACAAUAAGAAGUUUGAGAUUUGGUGCAACUCCCGAGAUGAAGUCUUCAUCGUCCAGGCUCCCACAGCUGAGGUGAAGACUGCCUGGGUAAAUGAGAUCCGUAAAGUCCUGACUGAGCAGCUCCACGCCUUCAGAGAAGCGAGUCAACAGAAGAGCUCAGAAAUCAUGUCUCCAACACCAGCCUCCAACAGCCCCGUCUGCCUCAGUCCGUUCAGAAGCACUCAGAAAAACCAGAAGAACAAAGAAGAAAAGAAAAUGGAGUCCACGACCCCUUCAGAGUCCCCAAAACAAAAAGUGGCUCGGAGUCCGGGCAGUCUGACCCGGGUUCGUUGGAAGAGUAGCUCCAGUCUGAUCCAGAGCACAGGUUGGACUAAGCCCUCGAUGUCUGUGGACGUGUGUGAGGAGAAUGAUGGAUACUCGAGCGGAGAGGAGCCUCUGAACUCCGACACAGAAGAGGAGGGAGCCAAGAAACUGGCCCCGGGCCGGUACACUGUGCUCUGUGACUGUGACAAAACUGGAGCUCAGGAUUUAAGCGUGAAGAGCGGAGACACAGUGCAGCUCAUCAGAGAAGGACAAGACGGGCUGUGGUUUGUGAAGAACCUUCGCAGCAGCAGAGAGGGCUGGGUCCCUGCAGCAAACCUCCUCAGUCUCAUCUCACAGUCAAAGUCCUCUCAGUCCCUCAGCAGCUCCGAUGGCAGUGUCUCAGGGAACCUCAGCACUUCCUCCAGCUGCAGUGAGACCUACACCAGUUACUCUGACAUCAAACCAUAAAGCUUAAUUUAAAUGUUUAACACCAGGCUAAUCCAACAUCAAACUAGAAAAACAAAAUCUAGAAUAUUUAAAAUUGUUAAGAAUAUUAAGCUUAACAACUUAAAAAAAUACAUUUACAAUAUUAAAAGUCAAGUUGUGACCCUGUUUCUGUUGGUUCCUGAUGUAUAUGUAGCAUUAAUAUAAAAAACUGGAGAGAAAAUGAAUGUAUUCUUGUGUGAAAAUAAUGUUGAACACCACAAAUGCACUGUGAUGUGAAAUACUACGGAGGAGCAGACAGGAGCAGAUUAAGACUUGGUUUAGACCUGGUUUAGUCCCUGGUUUAGACCUGGUUUGGUCCUGAUUGAGACUGAGCUUAGGUUGUGCUUUAGUCCUGGUUUAGUCCUCAGUUUAGUCCUGGUUUAGACCCUGUUUUUUUUUCAUGAUUCAGUCUAGAAUUUAGUCUUGAUUGAGUCUUGUUUAGACUGUGUUUAGUCCUGGUUUAUUCCUAGUUUAGUUUCUGGUUAUAGUCCCUGGUUUAGUCCUUCAUUUAGCCCUUCGUUUAGUCCUGGCUCAAUCCUGGUUCAGUCCUGGUUUACGCUCCUGUCUCAUUCUCCAAACUGCACAGCUCAUUCACAGCACAUAUUAAUAAUGAAUAACACUGCAAUAGAAACUAAACGUGUUUCAAAACUGGACCUGGACCAUGACACGUUUCACUGUUUCUGUUCAAAUGUCCUGGUUUAUUUUGAAGCUGGUCUCUGCCUCUGGAUGAACUUAAAUAUGACUCUUAAUCCAAAUUUGCACUGAAAAUAAAAUGAAAAUGUAUUUAUUUUAUCAUGAAUUGUAAUUAUAGGGUGAAUGCAUUGUAAUUCUGAAACUGUUUACAGUUUAAGUUGUUUUCGCCUAAUUCAGUCAAAAAGCCUUGUCUUAAAUGUCAUAAAUGAUAUAUUUAUUUUUGAGUUUAUGUAAAAAUAUAUUUGAAAUUGAAUCACGGGGUUUCAGCUUCCUGUUGUUAUAGGUGACAUUUUGAGGACUUUUCACCUUUCAGAAGAUUAAUGAUUUUGUUUUAAAUUGGCGUUGCUAUGACAAAGGUCCUAUUAUUUCAUUAUUCUGAAAUCCAUGGAUAGGUAGAAACCAGCUUCCACUAACAAAUACUGUUUGUUACCAUGUUUGUCUUGCUUUAAAUGGCUAUAAAAUAAAUCUGGGGUUAGAAUUUACAUUUUUAAGAUCAAAUUUAGAUUUUAUAAUUCUAUUUUCCAAAUUUUAAAUAUUACCAACAGAAAAUCUAGUAAAUGAAAUCUAUUUUUACAGUAAAAAAAAAAAUUCUCCCAAGAUUCCACCCAAAUUUCUCUCAAAAAAAAGUCACAUUCUGCCCCAAAUCUUCAACUAUUGUCAUAUUAUGCUGACUUAUGUUUUGUUUUUGUUUUUUUUAAUAGUUCUGUAUGUUUUUAAAACAAAACACUGGACAAUAUCUUUGCAAAAAAAAAGUUUGUUGAUGCUGAAAUUUCCACAUCUCAAAUUGUGAAGUUGGAACUGUUACACUGAUACCUCACUGUGGUUUUCAAAUGCAUGUCAAAAAUCAUGUCCUGUCUGUGUGUCUACUUUAAAUUGCUCUUUUUUGAUUGUCAAAUACGUGUCAUGAUGUCGUGGACACAAGCUGAACUUUUCUGGUUGUUUUUUAUGCAGCACAUUGCAGCGAACAUGUCUUAUUUUCAUAUUUGUGUGAUAAAAGAAUUAUCUGUACAUUUGUAAAUAUGUAAUUCUAAUGUAUGUAAAACAAGACACAGCUUUAAUAAAGUUGAAAUGGUUUCCUU